AUGGCACGUUCCUUCUCUCGCUCGCAGUGGUUGGCGCCGGCUGCCUUGCACAUGGCCGAGUGAGUAAAAUUUCUGGAUUUCAGGAGUGAAAUUUACCGCCAACCUUUACACCAGCUCAGAUCAUCACAAAUCGAUCCCUAAAUGCGAGACACGGAAAACAUGGAGGCCGAGAUGGAGUAUGACGACGAAGAAGAGCCUUCGUUCAGCGAUCCGGAGGAUUUCGUGGAUGACAUCAGUGAUCAGGAGCUACUUGGAGACGUGCUCAAGGAUCAGCCUCAGGAGGCGGAUGGAAUCGACUCGGUCAUUGUGGUUGACAAUGUACCUCAGGUUGGACAAGAUCGCCUGGAGAAACUCAAGAACGUCAUUCAAAAGAUCUUCUCAAAGUUUGGAAAGAUCACCAAUGAGUUCUACCCAGAUACAGAUGGAAAGACCAAAGGGUACAUAUUUCUGGAGUAUUCUGCACCAAGCCAUGCUCAGGAAGCGGUGAAGAGCGCUGAUGGGUACAAGCUGGACAAGCAGCAUACUUUCCGUGUCAAUCUGUUUACAGACUUUGACAAAUAUGUGUCGAUCUGUGAUGAGUGGGAAACUCCUGAAAAACAACCCUUUAAAGAUUUUGGAAACCUGCGGCACUGGAUGGAGGAUCCUGACUGUCGGGAUCAGUACAGCGUCAUCUAUGAAUCUGGUGAACGAACAGGCAUAUUUGCUAAUGAUGCCAAGGAGCCCAUCGAGGUGGAGGAAAGAGCACGCUGGACCGAGACAUAUGUGCGGUGGUCUCCGAAAGGCACCUAUCUGGCCACCUUCCACCAGAGAGGCAUCGCUCUGUGGGGUGGUGAGAAGUUCAAGCAGAUCCAGCGGUUCAGCCAUCAAGGGGUACAACUCAUCGAUUUCUCUCCUUGUGAGAGGUAUGUUGUCACAUUCAGUCCUCUUAUGGACACUAAAGAUGAUCCACAGGCUAUCAUUAUCUGGGAUGUUCUCACAGGACAAAAGAAAAGAGGCUUCCAUUGUGAGAGCUCUGCACACUGGCCUAUUUUCAAGUGGAGUCCAGAUGGGAAGUUCUUUGCUCGAAUGACACAGGACACCCUGAGCAUCUAUGAAACGCCAUCAAUGGGUCUUUUGGAGAAGAAGAGUUUGAAGAUAAAUGGAAUUAAGGAUUUCUCCUGGUCACCGGGUGAUAAUAUCAUUGCAUUCUGGGUUCCUGAGGAUAAAGAUAUCCCCGCAAGAGUAACUCUCAUGCAGCUCCCAUCAAGAAAUGAGAUCAGAGUCCGUAACCUGUUUAACGUUGUGGACUGCAAGCUUCACUGGCAGAAAAACGGAGAUUAUCUCUGUGUGAAAGUCGACAGAACACCCAAAGGAACACAGGGUGUUGUCACCAACUUUGAGAUCUUCCGAAUGAGAGAGAAGCAGGUACCUGUGGAUGUGGUGGAGAUGAAAGAGGGCAUCAUCGCCUUUGCCUGGGAACCUAAUGGCAGCAAGUUUGCUGUUCUUCAUGGUGAAUCUCCCAGAAUCAAUGUAUCAUUCUACCAUGUGAAGAACAAUGGCAAAAUCGACCUAAUUAAAAUGUUUGACAAGCAGCAAGCAAACAGCAUUUUCUGGAGUCCACAGGGGCAGUUUUUGGUCUUGGCUGGAUUGAGAAGCAUGAAUGGAGCUCUUGCGUUUGUGGACACUUCAGACUGCACCAUGAUGAACAUUGCCGAGCAUUACAUGGCAUCAGAUGUUGAAUGGGAUCCCACUGGACGAUAUGUUGUGACCUCUGUCUCCUGGUGGAGUCACAAGGUGGACAAUGCCUACUGGCUGUGGACCUUCCAGGGUCGGUUGCUGCAGAAGAAUAACAAAGACCGUUUCUGCCAACUGCUGUGGAGGCCAUGCCCACCCUCUCUCCUGCCCUAUGAGGAAGUAAAGCUCAUCAAAAAGGACCUGAAGAAAUACUCCAAGAUCUUUGAGCAGAAAGAUCGUCUCAGUCAGUCCAAGGCUUCAAAGGAACUUGUGGACAAGAGACGCACUAUGAUGGAGGACUAUCGCAAGUACCGUGAAAAAGCCUCGCAGAUAUACCAAGAGCAGAAAUCCCUGCGCCAGGAACUCAGAGGAGGUGUGGAUACCGAUGAGCUGGACGGUAAUGUCGAGGACUGGGAGGAGGAGACCAUCGAGUUUUUCAUCAAUGAAGAAAUUAUUCCCAUUGGAGAUCUGUAGUUCCAACAGCAGUAUCUGUUUUUUUGUGGAGGAGCGUGGACUUGCAUUGAAGAAAAAAUUGAGGAUUCCCCAUAAGAGUAUUCCUUGUUUAUCGUCAAUCAAGUGCCUUUUAAUUCUGGUUGCUGUGGGCGGAGAAUUUUGUGCCACUGUUGACUGCUACAUUUUAAAAAGAAAAGCCAUCCAGCUCUGAGAGAACCUACCCUGCCAACACCGUUCAGGACUGAUCUUGGCAGAUCUGAUGAAACAUGUUCAUGUUUUUGCCUUUGGUAGAUCUACCUCGUCAAAAGGGUGUUACCAUGGGACAGUAUGCCAAAAACUGCUUUUACAUCACGCAGUACGAAAACAUUUGCAAGAUUUUCCAAAAGGGGAACUUGUACUCUAGUGUGCGAAAAUGGCACUACAGUGGACUGUAUCCUCCUCCAUUCAGAUUACCUGAUAUUAAUUGCACAACAAGGGAAUAAAGUUUAACUGAAAUUGAA